UAUAAACCCUAACCCCUUUCAUCUCGCCGGUGCUAUCGAAGCUUCACCAAUGCGCGAUGCGCCACCUUCCGGCGAUCCGCCUCCUUUGCACCGUCCCACCCAAGCUCAAGAACCUCAGUUACCGCUACCGCUCGCGCGCUCUCUCCGAAGCCAGGCGGGCUGUGACGGAGUACCUCCACUCUACGCGUGCGCUGCCCUUCGCCCUCGCCGAUCACAUAGCUUCCAAUUCGCCAUUCUCGCUCUCCGUUCUCGUCUCUCAGAUCCCCUUCCACGACCCGUCACCUUUGCACAUUCCCCGCACUCUCCGCCGGUUCCUAUCCUACCAUCCCAUCAACGAAUUUGACUUCUUCUUCGAAAGCAUUGGCCUUCCUCGUGCCUCCUAUCCCUCCCCCUCCUGCCGCCUGCUCUUCCUCUCCGACGACGAGCCUCUUCUCGCCGCUGUCAACUCUCUAGUACGUUUUGGCUUUCCGUGGACCCGUCUUGGCAUCUUAUACCGUGAAGCCGCCUGCAUUUUUAAUGAAAGCUCCGAACUUUUAGUGAAACGGCUUAGAACUGUAGAAGCUUUGGGGCUGCGGAGGAUCUGCGUCAUUGGUAUCUGCCUCGCUUUUCCGUCGGUGUUGACCGCGGACUGCGACCCGGGAGGUGAGAUUGAUCUUCUGCUUCGAGAUUUGAAGAAGGUGUUUGUCGAUUUUGGUAUGGAUGACUGUGCUGGGGACGAUGUGGAUGUUUUCUUUGAGAUUUGUUGUAGGAUUCGGGUAUUCUACCAUGCGGGUUCAGUGAAGGGGACGAUGGGGGAGAUUAUGGGGAGAAAUCAGAGGGUUUUCCUUGAUCUUGAGGAGAGCUUUUUAGCUCAAAGAUUGGAUUUUUUCCGAAAAUUAGGUAUGCACAAAGAGAAAGUUGGCACCUUUGUUCUUGACCACGUUGAAAUUUUAGAUUUUGAUUUAGAGAAUACUAAAAUUUCUCUACGAGAGUAUUUGAGAAAAGUUGGGUUGAGUGAGGAGGAAGUGCUCAGAGUAUCACAAGAAUGCCCUUUUGUGAUGGGGAGGAAUAAACUUUCGAAUUUACCAGGUAUAAUGCGUGCUACGAACCUCCAUGAAUGGUUUCUUGACAAGAUUAUGAAUGACAAUGGUCGGUGUAUUUCACCUGAUUUUGCUUCUAAUAUUGGCUAUGAUGUCAAAAUCGAUGGAGAAUUCAUUGAAGACUUAGAACGGUUAAAAUCAGUGAAGAUGCAUGAAUUUUUGUCAAUUAAGUUGGAUUUCAUAUGCAGCAUUGGAUUUGGUGAGAAUAGGAUCACAGCAAAAGCGGUUGGGUUGUUAAAUGGCACGAUGAAUCAGUUGCAGGAGAGGUUUGAUUGUCUCCUAGAGUUGGGGAUUGAAUACCCCAUGCUAUGUAGAAUAAUAAGUGCGGCUCCCAAGGUACUUAAUCAGGGCAAGGAUAAUAUCCUGCAGAAAGUGAAUUACCUCUGCAAUGAUUUGAAUUAUUCUUUAGAAUAUCUAGAAAAUUUUCCUGCUUUCCUGUGUUUUGAUCUGGAGAAUAGGAUUAGGCCUAGAUAUAGGAUCUUAAAUUGGCUUCAAGAAAUUGGUUUGCUUAAGAAACCUUUUUCACCAGCUACUGUCCUUGCCAACUCAGAGAAGAGGUUCAUAAUUAAUCUUUGGAGCAUCCAUCCAGCUGCUCCCAAACAAUGGUUGGAGUGUUUUUCAUCCAGAGGUGACACUGAUGGUAGACCGAAAAAUAUAUUUUCAGCUUAAUCCUACUGCAUGGGGCAUUUGCUUUUCUGGGAACAGACAAUGGGCCAGUGAGAGCUAGUUUCUUCUAGCCAAUGAUCUAGCUGCUUGGGUUCAUCUGCAUCCACUGAGCACUGAUGCUUCCCUCAUUCUCAAAGAAGCCAUUAAGGAUUGUAUGCCUGUACACCAAGAUGUAAAUUAUUUGAAAUUAAGAUCCAUCUUUUGUGCUGAAUAUGCCAGGUAGUUAUGAUGAACACAGUUCUGAGGCUGUUAUCACCCAUACAACUGUUCGUUUGUACAGGUAUGGAUCUAUUAUUUGUAACUGCUAGUGUCUUAACGAUAGCCAUCAUCUGCAAGUGCAUCUCAUUGUCAUCCAAGGACAUUGGCUUGACAGUUAAACUGAAGUCAUAUCUGUAACAUUAUUUUUUUUUGUGGCAAACAUUCAACCCAUCAUAUUCUGUUAGUCAACAAUGUUUAGCCUUGUAAAUGUAACAAUACUUUAUUACAUUGGCUUAUUUUUCUCCAUUGUGGGAGCAAUAUGAAAGGUUAGUCGGUUCUUCUUCAGGAUAGCCUUGGCA